UUCUAGCAGCAAGGAAAGAGACAAGUUGGGAAGGGACACCAUGCGUUUCACAGACUCGCCGGUGAUCGACCUCACCGUCAACGGCGCAAAGCUCUCAUUUCAUCAAGAUAAUGGUUCAAUGCACGUCGGAACCACCGUCUGGCCUUGUUCCCUUGUUCUCGUCAAAUUCGCUGAGCGUUGGCUCACUUCCGCUUCCACUACUGACAACCCUUAUGCAACCCUUCUCGACUUCCACAACAAACGCGCCGUUGAACUCGGUACCGGCUGCGGUGUCGCCGCCAUGGGGUUUUACCUUCUCGGCCUGAAAGAGGUCGUUCUGACCGACAUCGCGCCCGUCAUGCCGGCACUCAAGCACAAUUUGAAACGCAACAAGCCUGUGUUAGGUAAGAUGUUGAAAACGGCGCAACUGCAUUGGACGAAUUCGGACCAAAUUAAAGCCCUAAAACCUCCGUUUGACAUUGUAAUCGCUGCUGAUGUGGUGUACAUAGAGGAAUCGGUGGGGCCGCUACUCGCCGCGAUGGAGGCGAUGGUUAGUGAUACAGGGGUGGUAUUUUUAGGGUAUCAGGUGAGGUCGCCUGAAGCUCAUUUAUUGUUCUGGGAGCAAUGUAAUCGGAUCUUUGAUGUUGAAAAGGUGCCGCAUGAACAUCUUCACCCGGAGUAUGCAUAUGAAGAGAGUGACGUGUAUGUCCUGCGAAAGAAGUUGUAAAAACCUGAUAUUAAGGUGCCAGAUGCUCAAGAUAGCAAUGCUGUUAGUCUGUGCAGCAUAGAAAUAAUAUGUAACUGACCAAAUAUCCACACUGUAAUAUCGGGCUUAUUUCCUUUCAGGUUCUUGUUUGUUGUCUCUUGUUUUAAGCUUGUUUAUGUCGUGUGUAUUGAUGCCUUAUUCACAAACGCAUAAACAUACAAAAUAUGUGCUUUCAUUGAUUUGGUCUUAAAUGGAAAUAUAUAGGGAGAUAUAACUUCUGAUUUGUAA